CAAACUCAGUUUUUAUUGCCCGCGAUUCGAUUCAAAACAAUACUCGUAAUUACAAUCUAAGUAUCGCUUGGCUUUGUUACAGUUGUUGAUGAGUAUUCAACUGUGACAAAGCAAGUAGUUAUUUCCUUGUUACUUUUGUAAUGAUAACGUUUGACAUUGGUAAUAUGAAGAUUUUAAUUCUCUUCUUGUGUGUUGCAUUUUCGCGGGCGAAAAUUGAACAACAGAGAGUAGGGCCAGGAUACGAUUGUCCUUAUUGCCAGCCUGAACAGGUCCAUAUUUCCUUUGGAGAGAAGACGAACGAUAUAGUGGCGACAUGGUCGACAUUCAACGACACGGGCGAGAGCCGCGCACAGUACGGCGUCGGCCAGAUGGACCAGGAGGCUUCGGGGCGCAGUACGCUCUUCGUGGACGGCGGGCACGAGCGCCGCGCGCAGUUCAUACACCGCGUCCUCAUGAAAGAUCUAAAGCAUGACACCACAUAUGUGUACCAUGUGGGCUCCGAGUUCGGGUGGUCGGAGGAGUUCUGGUUCAAAACGCCGCCGGCCGGCGAGGAUUGGGUAGUGCGCGCCGCCAUAUUCGGUGACAUGGGCAACAAGAACGCACACGCGCUGUCGUACUUGCAAGACGAGGCGCAGCGCGGUCACUUCGACCUGAUCAUCCACGUGGGGGACUUUGCGUACGACAUGCACGACGAUAACGCCCGCGUUGGUGACCAGUUCAUGCGCCAGGUGCAGCCGCUGGCCGCGCUCGUGCCCUACAUGACCUGCCCCGGCAACCACGAGGAGGCCUACAACUUCAGCAAUUACCGCGCGCGGUUCUCUAUGCCGGGCGGCGCGGAGAGCCUCUACUACAGCUACGACGUGGGCCCUGUGCACUUCGUCUCCAUCUCCACGGAGCCCUACUACUUCCUGCAGUACGGCCUCAAGGUCCUAGAGAAUCAGUUCCGUUGGCUGCAUCGCGACCUCAGCGAGGCCAACCGGGAGGAGAACAGGCGACUUCGUCCGUGGAUCGUAAUCUACGGACACCGGCCCAUGUACUGUAGCAACGAGCAUGUGCUCUGCGAGGACAACUAUCUGCCCACGCGAGUCGGGCUCCCACUGCUGGGCAUGGGCAUGGAGCCGCUGCUGAAGCAGUACGGCGUGGACCUGGUGGUGUGGGCACACGAGCACUCGUAUGAGCGGCUGUGGCCGGUGUACGAUGAGCAAGUGUACAAUGGCUCGCUGCAUCAGCCCUACACCAACCCCGGCGCGCCAGUUCACAUUGUGACAGGCUCUGCUGGAUGUCAGGAACGUAUCGAUCCCUUUGUCUCCAAGCCCCCGAGCUGGUCCGCCUUCAGAUCCACUGACUACGGAUACACGCGCUUCUUCGCUCACAACAAGACUCACAUACACAUUGAGCAGGUGGAUGCGGAUCUAAAGGGUGAAGUAAUCGACUCUUUCUGGCUCAUCAAACAUCGCCACCAUCCCUUCUACAAUUUGUAGACUUACCCCUAGCGAGGGGGGAGCGGGGGGGGGACUUAGGAAUAAGUCAUAUAAGUCGGAGUUUGCGAAACCGACAAAAUAGCAAAUAUCGGCCUGUCAUCAAAACUGUGAUCUAAUUAUUAUAUUCGGAAAAUAGUUUGUCGGAAUUUUUUGACAUUUUA